AAGUUAUCAUCCUUGGUGUGAACAGGCCUUAAGAAAGGGCAACAGGUUCAUGGCUGAUCAAAAAUGAGCCUUAAAGUUAUGUUCUGGGAACGUUCUGAGAACCAGAUGCAAACAUUCUCACAAUGUUCAAGGAGCCAAAUAUAGUUGGUUAUGCAUUGCUCUCUCAUUGGUCGAAAAACACACAUUACAUCAUGUAUGCAACAAAUAAGAAAUGUUAAAUGUUAAACUUUACACUAUGUAUGUGGCAAAGGAGGCUACAUCAUGAAUAAACAUGGAUGGCAAUUAAUGAAUGAACAAACUAAAAUGACAUGGGUUCUCAUUGUUUGGUAAGUCUAAGGUUUGAGAAAACAAGUCUUAUUUUAUUGUUAUUGUUAUUUUUUUUUUUAUUUUUUUUUUUUAAUUAAUUGUUCCGAUAACGACAAUUUUGUCUCAAGUGUCACAACUAAUAAUUCCAUCUGUACGUUUCCAGCAUGUGUACCUUUAUCAGUGUUCAAAAUCAAUGCGCUGUCUCUUUAAGAAACUGCGUCGUUCGGUUUUUGGAUGGUCAAGUGAGUCCGAUAUGGCGGAAUGGAAACACACUACCUCGGCUCCAUCUACAGCAAGCAUGACCUCGCUGGGUCGAGCUCUUUCUUGUAGCAGGUUAAGUCAAGCUGAUGUGUUUCAGUCACAGAAAUCUCUCAGCCGGAGCGCCACGGGUCAGAGUCGCAGGACAUUCUCGAGCAGCUCGGAGUCUCCUGACAUCAGCCCAAAUGUCGAGGCGAGGGUCCUGGUCAUAAACACCGGCGGAACCAUUGGAAUGACGUAUCAUAAUAACGUUCUGUCUCCAGAGCCUAAAGCUCUUGUUGAAACUCUACGCAAACUCCCCAUUUUGCACGAUGAGCAGUACGCCCAACAGACCAGACUGUAUGAAUACUACAAGCCUCAGGAGAACACGCUGGUGCUGCCGAUGUCCACUCAUUCAGCUGAUCAUCUGUUUCAUGGACUGUCCAAACAGAAUAAGAGGAUUGUAUAUACAGUUUUAGAGUACUCUCCCCUCCUUGACUCUUGUAAUAUGACCACAGAUGACUGGGCCAGUAUUGGAAAAGACAUUGAGAAACACUACGAGCAAUACGAUGGUUUUGUCAUCCUGCACGGCACAGACACCAUGGCUUACACCGCCUCUGCCUUAUCCUUCAUGUGUGAGAAUCUGGGAAAGCCUGUCAUCCUCACUGGCUCACAGGUGCCCAUCUAUGAGAUGAGGAAUGAUGGGAGGGACAACCUCUUGGGGGCGCUGUUGAUAGCCGGUCAGUUUGUCAUCCCUGAGGUUUGCCUGUAUUUUCAUCAUAAGCUGUACAGGGGCAAUCGUGUCACCAAAGUGGACGCUGGAAGCUUUGAUGCAUUUACCUCACCAAAUCUGCCGCCAUUAGCCAAUGCUGAAGUCGACAUCAAAAUUAACUGGGACACUGUGUGGCGAGCCAAUACAACUGCUAAAUUCACCGUCCAAACACAAAUGAACCGUAAUGUGGGUCUCCUGCGACUCUUCCCAGGAAUCACUGCUGAUACAGUCAGGGCCUUCUUGCAGCCUCCUAUGGACGGGAUCGUAUUGGAGACUUACGGCAGUGGUAACGCCCCUGACAACCGCGCUGACCUGCUGGAUGAGAUCCGUAAAGCGACCGGGAGAGGACUCAUCAUGAUCAACUGCACCCAGUGCCUCAGGGGCUCGGUCACAACCUCAUACGCCACUGGUCAGGCUCUGAGUGAUGCCGGUUUGGUCGCUGGGUGUGAUAUGACCCCAGAAGCUGCUCUUUCAAAACUCUCCUAUGUGCUGGCAAAACAAGACCUCAGUAUAGAAGAGAAGAAGAAGAUGUUGAGUCGCAAUCUGCGUGGUGAGAUGAUAGCUGAUCUGGGCGGGGCAAAGCUUUCUCUCAGCGACAGUCGCUUUAUUCAGGUCAUCGCCAAAUCCCUCAACAUUAGCUGUAAAGAGGAGCUUGAAGCCAUACGAGAUGCACUAACUCCCACUCUGGUCUGCGUUGCUGCUAAGAUCGGAGACAUUGAAGCUUUAGAGGCCAUAAGGGAAAUGGGCACUGACUUGAGCAUGGCAGACUAUGAUGGCCGCACUCCUCUCCACAUCGCCGCAUGUGAGGGGCAUCUGAAAGUGGUGGAGUAUCUGCUGAGUAAAGGGGCCACAGUCUAUGCCAGAGAUCGCUUUGGAGAUACACCACUUCGAAAUGCUGUUCGCUUCAGACACAAGGAUGUUGUAAAGUUGCUGAGGAAGACUGGAGCUCAUUUUUCUCAGGAUGAAAUGGUUGAUGCUGGAACGGAGUUGUGCAGUCUUGCGGCGAGUGGCGACUUGGAAGGAUUGGAGAUUUGGCAGUUAGCUGGGGCUGAUCUGACCAUGUCCAGUUAUGAUGGACAGACGCCCAUUGAAGUGGCAAGAGCCACUGGAUGUGAGGCGGCUGUUGAAUUCUUAAAACAGACGGCACAGUACCAAACUCAGCCAGUAUUUGUGGAAGAUGAGGAGGAGAAUGGCGUGUUCGAGUUUACUGCUUGUCCAAGAUCUUGAGGAGGACGUCCUGCUAGCUGUCACUUCUUGCCAUUAUCAUCCAUCCAGUUUCUUAUUUUUUGCAGACAUACAAUAGAUUUUCCUUACUUGGACAAUUAUCCUCUUAAAGGGGUCAUAUGAUGUUAUUUUAAAAAUUCAUUAUUUUGAGCAUUGGUGUAAUAGAAUAGAUUAACAUUCUUUUAAUGUUAAAAAAAAACAUUUUUCACAUACUAUACAUUACUGCAGCUCCUCUAUUCCCAGUCUGUCUGAAACGAGCUCCUUUCGAAAAGUUCAGAUUGCUGUGAUUGGCCAGCUGACCCAGUGCAUUGUGAUUGGACAAACACCUCAAGCGUGUGUUUCGAAAACGUAACACCCAUUACCAUAAUCAUGAGCUUCAGCUUCUAAAGCAUUUAUAAACACAGUUAAUAAUAAUGUUGUCAGCUUUACCGUAUCAGUUCAGGCCCGAUUCUGAAAAUGCGGAUGAUCAAGCCGAUUGAUCGAAACGAACUUUGCAAGCACAACUUGAGCAGAAAUCAAUCUUAAACUCUGAAAGCAAAAGCAAUUUUUGCUUUCACAUCCAAACACGCAGUGUCUCCGUGACAGGAAAACACUUCAGUUCAUGAAGCCUCGUAAGCCUUGGGCGGGCAUUAAGCUGAUGUUUCACAUUGUGACGUGGAUGUUUGAGGAGGUAAUGCCUGGACUUCGAUCGAGGUGUUUUAGACAGGUCUGGAUCAGUGUUCUCUGUUAAACAGAAUUAAUCUGUUUGUGGAAGACUAAGCUUUGUAACUUUGCAGAUUGUAUAAAUGCACAAACAGAUACAUUACACACUAAAGGAAAACAUUAAAAAGCAUCAUAUGACCUCUUUAAAACAUAAAGAGCACUAGCCCGUACUUUUUUAGAUCCGUCCCUCUAAAACAGUAAGCAAUCAGAUAUGAAUGUAUUGUAAUGUUGAGAGUAAAACAAUCAUACAUACUAAUUAUGUUCAAGCACAUACAGACUACACUACAGUAAAGGAUACUGUAGCUGCAGAUGUCAAACAAUAUAUAAUCAUUUGAAUAUUAUAUUUAUUAUUUAGAUGUAGAAUGAAUUUAGAUAUUUGAUGCUGUCAGCACUAAUGACUGUUACGUCUUCAUCCAGCGUUCUUCAUGUGUUCACAUAUAUCAGAUUCAGUAUCACCUCAGUGUUGUGACCUUUAUGUGAAUGUAUUUUUAAUUGCAAAUACGGUUGUAAUUGCAGUGAAGAGUAAGGAUGGUUUUACACUGUAUAUACAGAGAAGCAAACCAAAAAAUUGUCUGAUGUUUCAGAAAUUAUAAAUGUUGAGUUGUCUGUUAAAACUAAAAUAACCAAUUGCCCUGUGAGUGACUAUCAGAAACAGUGUUUGUAAGCCAAAAUAUAGUGGAACGUCAGUGUUUUUUUUUUUUUUUUUUCAUGUUCUUUAGUUUUGUUCUUCAGUAAAUCUGUGUUUAUUGCUGAAUUUUAGUUCACCUCAGUAAGUUUCAAUUGAAUUGUUUUAUUGAUCCAUUUUAAAUUGUUGUAGCAAUAAAUACAAAAGCAUAUGCUGUUGAAAACAUGUAAAUUAACACAUGCCUGCCUAUACUUUUCUUCUUUUUGUUGUGUCAUUAUGACAGGAAAUGGCAAUAAAUACGUUUUGUUGCUAAAAUGUGAAAUUAACUUCUCAUGUGCUAAGAGAAAAUGACGUGUAAAAAACAAAACAAAAACAAACUAAAUUACAAAGUAAAGUUAUGAAGAGAAACUAAUUAUAACAGAUCUUGUUUGGAUGAAGAAAUUACAAAUAAAACACUGGGAAAAUUGAUAAAAUGA